AUGAGUCAAUGGAUCAUACUGUGAUGCUCUUGAAGUCAUACGAAAUGACAGAUCAACUCUACAAUCCCCUCAAUCACUUAUCCCAGGCAGAACUGAUGGAAAAGUUCAAUUUAGCGUUCUACGAAGCACAAAACCUCUCGAAAAAUGAUAUUAUUUCAACCUUCAACGAAACGCCAACCGAAGCCACCGAUAUAAACGAAGGCGAUGAACCAAGCGACGAUUAUCUCAUAGAUUACUUGAUUUCGAACUCUGAAGACACUCCGGCAAGCACGCCAAAUAGCGAGGUGGACGUCAAUUUCGAUUUCAACGACUUCGUCGUUGAUUUCGACCAGAACGUCAGUCAAAAUGGUAGCCAAACAGAUUUUUCGGAAAACAAUUUCGAUACGGAAACUUACACAACUGAAAAUUCCUACUCUGAAGAGAACGUUUCAUCUAAUUUUUCGCAGUUCUUCAUUCCACCGCCGUUCACUGCCGACAAAAAUGAAGAAAGGCCCAUAGAGAAUGUCGACUUCAUUAACAUCGACAUCUGCGAUGAAUUGAGUGGAUCUUUAGAUUUUGAGGACUUACCAACGGACCUUCAAGAGCUGGAAAGCAGUGACAAUGGAGUGGGAUUUGAGGACAGCAGCAAUUUACUUCCUCCUGUUGGUACCCUCACGAAAAAUAAUGUUGAUUUCAAUAAUUUCCUGAGACAAGCACCUGGAGAUCAAAUUUCUUAUCUGAAUCAGGGCCCAUCUAUCAAAAGCGAUUUCGGUCACUUGAUCGGCAUCAAGUGCCCAAACAACAACUUCAUCUCCACCAACAACCUCCUAGAAGAGAGAUCCAAUACAACAGAGAAUCUGUUCAAUAUCCACGAGGAUAACCAGAUGGUUUUAACUCAAAGCGAAGCCCUACUCAAUGAUGAUCCUCUUCUAAGUUCGAGCAGUAAUGUAAUGUUCCCGACGAGGAAGAAGAGGGAUUUGGCCAUGAACAGAGUUGACGUCGAUUUUGGAGGUGAAUUUGAAGAGGUCACUUCGAGUAGCUUUCAGUGCAAGUGGGAAACCUGCUACAAGACGUACGAUUCACAGAAUAGCCUGGUGAAACACAUCGAAAAAAGCCAUGUGGAGCUGAAAAGAGGUGAGGAAUUCACGUGUUUCUGGGAUGAUUGCCCCAGAAAAACAAAACCCUUCAAUGCUCGAUACAAACUUUUGAUUCACAUGAGAGUACACAGCGGCGAAAAACCCAACAAAUGUCCGUUCAAGGGAUGCAACAAGGCUUUUUCUAGACUCGAGAACUUGAAAAUUCAUCAAAGAAGCCAUACGGGAGAGCGCCCAUACCUAUGUCAAUUUUCCAGCUGCACAAAAAGUUUUUCUAAUAGUUCCGACAGAGCCAAACAUCAAAGGACACAUUUUGAUACGAAACCAUAUGCGUGCCAAGUGACAGGUUGUUUGAAAAAAUAUACCGACCCCAGUAGCUUGAGGAAACAUGUGAAAAACCACACUUUCGAGGAGCAGCUGCAGAUCAAGAGAAAAUCCUGCGAGGAAGGUACUAACUUCAUAGCCCAAUCUUUGGCCAAGAAAUAUCUCGAUCCCAGUAGACAGAAGGCAAUCAAAGGACUGAAUUACGAGUCGAAUUUUGAUCACAGCUAUUCGAACAAUUUCCUCGUUGAAAGGAAAUACGAAUCAGUGAAUGUAAAGCAAGAUUUGAAGAAUAAAUUGUUGUCUGAUAAGGAGAAAUUAAGGAAAUUGUGUUGUUGAGGAAUUUUGUGUAAUUAUUUUUGUAAUUAUAGAUUUCUUGUAAAGGGACCAAACUGAAUGUGAUAUCAUAAUUAUAAGGUACAUAUUCCAAUUAUCUUGGGGUAUUGCAGUAUGUAUUUUCCAAAGUAAUGUGUAUAUAUAGUUUUAUAUUGCUCAAAAUAGAGAUUUUUUAUAUCUACACUAAGAUUUACAGAUCUGAAGCUAAUAAUAAAACAAAUGUCAAAACUU